AGGUGCGCGCGUGGCUCCCGCUGCGCAGGAACAGCUGGUGCCUCUGAGGGCAGCCGGGGAGCGGGCGGGCGUUGGGUGCGGGUGGCCGGACGGGCCACGCUGCAGGAGCAGCAGCCGCCGCCGCCUCUGCCUUGCACCACUGCACCAUGUCCGGGCAGCUGGAGCGUUGCGAGCGCGAAUGGCAUGAGCUGGAGGGAGAAUUUCAGGAAUUGCAGGAGACACACAGGAUCUACAAGCAAAAGCUGGAGGAACUGAGUGCACUGCAGACUCUGUGCAGUGGUUCCAUCAGUAAGCAGAAGAAACGCCUCAAGGACCUGAAGCACACGCUCCAGAGGUACAAGUGCCAUGCCAGUCGGGAGGAGGCAGAGCUUAUUCAGCAGAUUGCUACCAACAUCAAGGAACGGCAGAAUGUCUUCUUUGACAUGGAGGCCUAUCUGCCCAAGAAGAACGGGCUGUACCUGAAUCUGGUGCUCGGCAAUGUGAACGUGACCCUCCUCAGCAACCAGGCCAAGUUUGCCUACAAGGACGAGUAUGAGAAGUUCAAGCUUUACCUGACCAUCAUCCUGCUCCUGGGUGCUGUGGCAUGUCGAUUUGUGCUCCACUACAGGGUGACUGACGAGAUCUUUAACUUCCUGCUGGUGUGGUAUUACUGCACCCUGACGAUCCGGGAGAGCAUCCUCAUCAGCAACGGCUCAAGAAUUAAAGGCUGGUGGGUGUCUCACCAUUACGUCUCCACGUUCCUGUCUGGAGUGAUGCUGACCUGGCCUAAUGGACCGAUUUAUCAGAAGUUCCGAAAUCAGUUUUUAGCAUUUUCAAUUUUUCAGAGCUGUGUCCAGUUCCUACAAUAUUAUUACCAGAGAGGCUGCCUCUACCGGCUGCGGGCCCUAGGGGAAAGGAAUCACCUGGAUCUCACUGUGGAAGGCUUCCAGUCCUGGAUGUGGCGCGGCCUCACCUUCCUCCUGCCUUUCCUCUUCUGUGGCCACUUCUGGCAGCUCUACAAUGCAGUCACGUUGUUCGAGCUCUCCAGCCAUGAGGAAUGCAGAGAAUGGCAGGUGUUUGUGCUGGCGCUCACGUUCCUCAUCCUCUUCCUCGGCAAUUUCUUGACCACACUCAAAGUCGUGCACACCAAACUCCAGAAGAACAGAAACAAGACCAAGAAGGCUUGAGCCUCAGACUCCUGUGCCCCUUGAGCUCCUGGACUUUGAGACUGCUGGGGAGCCCGGUGGCACCUGGGCUGCUGAGUGCCUCCAGGAGUGCCAGGCUAUAGCCAUCUCAGGGGCCAGUGGCAACACUGUAGGGCCUGGUCCCUGCUGGACACAAGGAAUGUGAGCCCUGCCUGUGCGCACAGUAUUCACCCACCUAUUUAUAACAUAUUUAAUACCAGGUCCUCCUGAUGUCCCAGCCAGGACUGGGUCAGUCUUCCUGGGGGAGAGGCCUGAAGCCUCAGGGAGCCCCUCUGUCCCCACUCCUAUCAUUUGAACCCCCCUCACCUUAGGGUUUGGAUGUGCCUCGCAGGGGCUGGAUUUCUGCUGACCUGCUACUUACUGAGUCCCAGGCAAGGCGGUGGAAUGAAGCCCUCCAUGCCCAUGCCCAUAGAGCGUCCCCUCCCCUGAGGCCUUGGCCUCUGCUGUAAGCUCCACUCCCUGUAACGGGAGCUAUUCAAGUUCUCAGAGAACCACUGUCCAUCUUUGCGUGCUUUUUAUGCUUCCUGGCUUGCCCACCUGUGGCCACCUGGGAGGUUCUGAGACUCGAGGGUCACCACCUGAGGGUGUUGCAGCAGGUGUGGGCUCCAAGUGACCCUGGAAGCUCCAUCCUUCUCAGGUUGCCUGAUGACCCCCCUGCAGCCCACCUGUCUGCUCCUGCAGUACAUAUUCCAGGAGUGACACCAAGACCCUCAGGGCUGGCUGGCAUUUAGGCUAUCACGGAGGUCUCUCAACUCUCCAUGUCUCUUCCUCCAGUUCAGAGGCUCUAGAAUGUGGGGGUAUGGUGGGGUCUGAGCAAGCUCACCCACAGAGGCCACCCUGCAAGGUCAGGGCAGGGCUGCUGGUCACCCACCUAGUGUCAGGUUGUGUUUGGGGUGGGGGAGGCCAGCGUGUUUGGUUAAAUGUCCUGUCCCUUCUCCCAUUUGUGGGCUCAGCUGCAAGUAACUAUUUCUCCACACAUCCACUUUGACCAGACUUCACAGCUUGUGUCCACAGACAUGCCUUAUUUGGUCCUCAAAGGGAUUAAAUUUUUAAAAUUAGUUAUAUUUUAACCAAAAUAAAAACUCAGAUUUCUGCUUUCCCUAGAAAAAUGUAAGGAUCUGGCAGUGUUUCCACAGGGUACAACUGGGUGCCUGGUUCCCCACUCUGCCACAGGCCCCUCCACUCCCUGCUCCCCUUGUCAGGCACCUGGGUUUGCCUUGAUUAGGCAUCAGCAAACUGUCUCUUAAUGGCCAGAUGGCCUCUGUGGCAACUACUCAAGUCUGCAGUUGUAGGGCAAAAGCCAAUGCAUAAAUGAACAGAUGUGUUCCAAUAAAACUUUAUUUACAAAAACAGGCAGUAGCCAGAUGUGGCCCACAGGCUGUAGUCUGCUGACUUUUCCCUCUUAAGACUAUCAUUUGUUCAUGAGGCCUUCCAGAAUAAGUCCUUGGUUGAUUACCCAGGAGAGGGCAAGGCCUUGGGGAGCUUAGAUGGGGUGGGGAGCUUUCAGAUCUCCUUCCCUUGGCAGCCUGACUUCUGAGAAGCAGCCCACAAGGGGUGCUGAGGCAAGAGAUGGUGGGGAGGGCAGGUGCCACCUGACACCAUUAUCCUAUCAUAGGCAAUACCAACUCCUAGACUCACUCCAUCACAGAGCAACUCUUAGUCUCUGGGCAUUAAAAUCACCUGGGGUAUUUGUUGAAAAAGUCCUGGACCUCUGACCCCAGACCUUCUGAAAGGAGAUUCUGUGAACUGGUUUUGAGAAGCCAUCCUGUGUGGGCAGGGGGUUGAUCACGUUAGUUCUCGGAGGCCUGCAUGCCCCAUGUUGGGUUAAGCAGAGGCUGUGAGAGACAGAAGGUAGGUAGCUG